UUUUCCUUCAUCAGUUUUUCCUUAUCUAAUGGUAGAAAAAUUAAAUUUUUUCCUCUAAAAACGUCGUUUCUGUCUUAUGCUGUGGUUGUCCUUGCAAUUCAAUGGUUGGAGGAUAACGUCUGUCCUCAGUCAUUACACAGUAAGCCCAAUUGUUUACUAUUUUCAAACAAACAUUUUUCAUUACUAUACAGGUAAAGUCUUGCAGUUUGAUUUUCAAAUAUUAUAUCAUAAGGUAUCUAUAAUUAAGGAUCUGUUGUGAAAUAUUCCCUAUGUAUCUACUAGAACUAAUGCAAAUAACUACAUAAGGUAGUAUAACAAUACGUUUGUUAUAUAAUUUAAGUUAAAUGUUUAAAUUAUGUAUGUAUUCGUACAGUAUUAUACUUUUCAUUUAGAAAAUCAGUUGCUAUAUUUCCUGAAAAUUUAAAAAAAAAAUUGUCUUUACUUUGUAGCAUGCCUAGGUUAAUACAUAAUAUAUCAAGAUUUAACGAAAAUUUAAUGAUUUUUAAACUUAGUACUAUUUUAAUUAUUUACUUACUAAAACUGUAAUGUAUUAAAUAAUACUAAAGGUUUUAAUAAUAUAAGUCUUAAACUUUCUACAGAAUUGAUUUACUUAAUAUUUAAAUUAUAUAUUUUAUUGUAUCUUAUUAAAAAUAAAAAUAGUUCAUUGUUUAAAAUUAAUGCUUUUAUUAAGUCAAUUAUUAAUUCUCUAAAACAAAUUUAUAAACAUAAUAGUAAAACAAAACAAAUUGAAUUAUAAAACACUCAUAUGAGAGGUUAGGAUUGAUUAGUAAUAACAAAUUCAUUUCAAAUUUAAAUUUAAUUAAUUAACCCACAUAGGCUUAAUAUAAAAUAAACUAAUUUAAUAACUAUCUACUAAAUUUACUUGUUUUAUGUAGCUAUUCAAUAAAACUUAAUUGUAUUGAUUCAAUCUGAUAAAAAUAUAAACAAAAUGUACUUAUUUUAGAUUUGAGCGGAGCAAGGAAUUUAUUGGUUUUACAACGUUUUUUUUUAUUUGUGAACAACUUUUCUACCAGCAAUUUUCAAGUGUAGCGCCUUUUCUGAAAUGAAAUUUGACUGAGGUGGUACUGUAAGAGGUCAUAUCUAUUUUCACAAUUAUUUUCAUAGUGGAAAAAAAUUGGGAAAUUUACAAAAUCUAUUAUUUUAAAAUAUUAAAUAUCCCUGCCUUUUAAAACUUGUAUAACUGAACUCUGCUCAGAAUCGUUUUUUGUUAGCAAUGAUUAAUUGUCGCAUACAGAUGAUAUUUAUUAAAUUUCCCUUCUACCUUACUAACUUAUCAUCUACAACAGUAGCCCACUUAUCCUGCAAAAUAUGUCCAUUUGUUUUUUUUUUUGGUUUUUUUUAUAAAAUUUAAUUUGGUUAAAUAUGAUUGUGGAUUUUAUAAAUUACUAUAAUAUUACUGUUGAAUUAAUAAAAAAAAUUUAAAAUAAAUGCAUGAGUGACCUCAUUUAAUGUUUUAUUAGUUAGGUAAUAAUCAAAUAUUUAUGUUUUUAUUAAGUAUAGUUUGUGCUAAAUAUAUAUGUUGAUAAUGAUUGUAUUGAAUUACCUCUAAAUAAUUUUGAAAAUAUAUUUAAUAUUCAAUAUAGUUGGUAUAAUAUCUGAUCAUUGUAAUUUGCUUGUAAUUAAAAAAAUAAAAUAAGUUCAUCAAUUUAUAGAUAGGUACUUCAAAUAAUUAUACUAUUUAGAAUAGUUCUAUAAUUUCUAUACUUAAAUAUUAUUCAAUCAAUAUUAUAAUUGUUUUUGUUAUGUUUAUGCUGUUUUAUUUUAUAUACAGAAGGCAAAUAAAAGCAGUAAUUUUGUGAUAUUUUAAAUACUCAAGCAUUAUUAGAAAUAUGAGUACCUACAUACGUUUAGUUAAACAAAUUACUGAAUAAACAUUUAUUGAAUUAAACAAUGUACCUAUAUGUUUAGGUAUAUAUAAUAUUGUGAUUGGUUUAUGAUUCAUAUAUUCAUAAUAUUGUAUCAAAUUUAAGACAAAUAAUUAAUCAAAAUUAAGUGUUAUUAAUAAUAAACAUUUAUCUAGUUAAAAAAUCGUUUUUAUCUGAAAUGAAAUUAGAUUAUUUGUCGAGUGAAAUUAUUACUAUAUUAUACUACUUAUUAAAUAUUUAAUAGUUUUAUAAAUAUUAAUACACCCUUUUUCUAGUAAAAAAAUAAAUAAAUAAUUAUUAGAACAAUAUAUGUACCUAUAAACCAUACCUACUAGUAUAUGAUUGUAAGAAACCUUAACUUCAGAAUAAAGUUUAAUGAAUAAUAUAAUCUUAAUGUAUAUGUAAUAUUUAUUUUUAAGUAUUUUAGUAGUGACUCAUUGUCUGGAUAAAGUAUUCAUUGUGCAUCAUAUGUAUACUUUCACUUUUAUUUGUAUUUAUUAAACUGUGUGUACUGUGUAUAAUAUAUACAAUAUUAUGUUAUAUGUUCAAUUUAAAUAAUCUUAAAAAUAUUUUAUAUACUAAAAUGUCAAUUUUAAUAUUGUAUUAUUUGAUGUCCAUAUUGUAAUUUAUUAAUGCAAUUGUUAAAUUUAAAAAUAUAUAUAUUAUAUAAAAAUGUUAUUUCUAUAGCAUUUUAACACUAAUAAAAAUAUUUAAAUUACUGCUUAAACUUUUAUGUUAUUUUCGAUGGUGUUAUUGAGUGCAUCUGUUGUAAUUUUCUUUUGCUUUUUAAUUUUAAUUAAUUAUACUGCAUGGCCAUUGUAUAGAUUUGGCCUACCCAUCAUCUGGUUAAAAAUAACUUUUUCAGACGUAUAUAAGUAUAAUAUGUAUAUUUUUUUUUAACAGUGAUGUUAAAUAAUUCUUGGUCGUAUCAAUGUUUUAUUUUAUUGCUUUAUAAACAAAAGUUUCUCUAUAUUUCCAUAAAAACGACAUUAUUUAUUUUUUAAAUUCAACAAAUUUACAAUAUUUUAUAUUAUUUAUUACCUAUGAAAACAUUGACAGUUUUAUUAAUUGGUAGUUUAUGAAUUUACAUUAUAUAUAUUUAGUUUAAUGAAGUGAACAAAACUAUAAAUAAAAUAACAAGCUUUUUUUAGAAAAAUAACAUUGAGUGUACAAAAAAAACCGUCUUACAUAUUAUUGUAGUUCAACAUUCUAGAUCAAAUGUUUUUCCAUACAUACAAAUGAGAACAAAUUUAAUAGAAAUACUGAGAGUAAUAUGAAAUACUUACAACCUAGGCUUUUUUUAUUUUUUUUUUGUACUUUCAAUAUUUUUUGUCUAAUCUAAGCUUGUUUUUUUUUUUUAUAAAUAUUUUUAUUUUAUUAGUUUAAACAAAAUAACCCUAUGUUUUAUUAUCAUACCUUUUUGAAUUUCCACAUACAAUUGUGACAUAACUAGGUCAUAGUGCUAAUUAUGUCCCCAUAAUUUUUAUUUUUUUUUUGUCCAGAAUGUACUGUAUUCAUAUCUGUCCUGUAGAUUUUAGCUUUGUAUCUUAUAUACAUAUAACUUAAUUUUCAAAUAUAAAAUUUGACUCUAAUAAAUAACCGCCAUUGAAAUUAAUAAAAUAGUCUUCUAAAUAAUAUUAUUACUUGUUUUCAGAAUAGUAACUACUCAAUUUAUGCAAAUAAUAUGAUAUAAUCGAAUUCACUCAUACCUCCAAGUUAUUUCCAAAUAAAGAAGAUGAAAAGACAGUUUUUUAAAGUUAAGCAGUUUGCUGACCAAACAUUUUCUAGGUAUAAUACCUCUUAAAUUGUGUUUCAUUUAUAGAUUACUAUAACAAAUCUUUUUUUAAUAUUAUAUUCAAAAGGUCUGGUAAAACUGAAGCUCUUUCUGAUACAUUACAAAUAGCAGAAAAGCGAGUGGAGUUCAUAAAGAAUGCCUGUCAUAAUACCACAAAAAAAUUAGUAGCCACAUUAGUAUCACCUGGUCUUGGUCAUGAUCCUCCUGCACGUGAAAAACGUUUAGUAAGUAACAUAUCUGUUUAAAAAUUAUUCUUAGUGAUGUAAUUUUGAAUUUUUCAGAAAAAAAUGCCAGACUAUUUGCUAGCCAUGGCAAUGCUCGAUAAUGGUACCUGUGAGGAAGAUAAUUUAUUAAGGUAAAACAUUGUCUAUUUUAUUGUUGGUAAUAAACUAAAAAUGGAUGACGGAUUUAAAAGUGAGCGUAGGUUGUAAUCCCAUCAAAUAAUUUACUAUCACUUCAAUUUUAUUUUAAAAUGUAUUUAUAUUUUAGUAAUAUUAAAUAUUAAUAUAUCUUUAGUUCUACAAGAAUUCAACCUUAAAUUUAUUUAUGUACCUAUAAUGUAAACCCAAUUUACUUCUGUAUCUAAAUAAAUAAAAAUAUAUUGAAAUUGUAUACAAUUUUAAUUAUUUUUCAGACAAGUAUUAGUGGAAUGUAGUAAAGUACAAAUAUGUUUAGCUAACGCUGGUGUUGAUUAUGAAUCACGCAUUGAACAAACUGUUCUUAAUAAACUACAGCAAGUUAUUGAUGUAGAUGUACCAAAUAUUAUAAAGCAAAAACGUUUACUGACAAAAUUAGUUCUUGAUAUGGAUUUAGCUAAAGCAAAGUAAAUUUAUAUUUUUUUAUGUUAGAAUUCAAUUUUAAUAAAGUAUUUCUCAUCUGCUCAUUUGUUUACAAUUAUUAUGUUUUGUUUUUUGAAGGUAUCAUACAGCUUUGAAAAAUUCAAAUUCCGGUAGUUCCCAUACAAGUAAAGUAGACACAGUUAAAGAAGAAUUAGAAGAUAUAGAACUGAAAGUUGAACAGUGCAGAGUAUGAUAUUCAAACUAUUUAUAAUUGGUUUCUAUAAUAGAUAUUUUUUUUCAAUUUAGGAUUCUUUAGCAUCAGAAAUUUUUCAAUUAAUAUCAAGAGAAGCAGAAUUUUCUUCUGUUCUUAUAGAAUUAGUAAAACAUCAACGUUCAUACCACCAAACUGCACUGGCUGUUUUAGAUGAUAUAGUUCCUGAAUUAGAGACUGUUAUUGGUAUUUUAUAUAAUUUUAUUAUUAGCUAUCAAUAAUACCAUUUGAUUUCUAUGUAGAUUGUAACCCUACUAAGCCAGUUUUUUGUCAAAAACUUGAAGACCAUUUAAGAGUUACUGGUAGACGGAUAGCCUAUCCAAUUGAAUUAUGUAUUUGUGCUUUAUUGGAAAUGGGAGUGGAAGAAGAAGGAUUAUUCCGAAUUGCUGCUGGUGCUUCUAAAGUGCGUUGCAUGAAGCUUAGAUUAGAUUCUAACUGUUUAGAUUUAGAAUCUGCUGUAGAAUGCAGAGAUCCUCAUAUAUUAGCUGGAGUUUUAAAGUCUUAUUUGAGACAGUUACCAGAACCCCUAUUAACACAUCAUUUAUAUGAAGAAUGGAUGGCUGCAGCUAAGUGUGUAUAUAAAUUGUUUUAGAUAUAAUAUACUUUAUUUUGUUUUUGUUUUUACUAUUAAUGAUAAUUUUGUUUAGACUACAAACUAGUGAAAGUAGACUUCAAGCAACCUUGAAUGUUGUUCAAAAGUUACCUCAAUCAAAUUUAUAUAACUUACGUUAUAUUAUUAAAUUUUUGGCUUUGUUGACCAAACAUCAAGAUGUUAACAAAAUGAGUCCACAAAAUUUGGCUAUUGUUAUUGCACCAAAUCUUUUAUGGACACCUGAAGAUAAAAGUGAUAAUAUAGGGUAAGGAUUUGUAUGUAACAAAUAAUUUAUUGUAUUAAUAUUGUUAAAAUUAAAUGUUAUUCCUUCAACUAGAUUGAAUGCAGCUGGGUAUCAUAACAUAAUUGUAGACUGUCUAAUUUCCCAUUCAGAUUGGAUAUUUCCUGGAGGUAAGAAUACAUAUUAAUUUAUUAAAUUUUGAUUAUUUAUUAAUAAUCGAGUUAUAUGAUUUACAGAAGAAGAAUUUUAUGUCACAUUAAAGGCAUUGGACAUAAAUGAUUUUAAUGGUCAUAAAAGAUCAAGUAGUGGAGAUACGCAUUUGAUCUCUACAAAUGAAGCACCUCUUGACACAAAUUUGAAACGAAGUAGAUCUAGUACUAAUAUAACUGAUAUGAGGUAUUUACUAUAUAGUAUUAAUUAUAUUUACUUAUGUUUUAAUUUUUAUUAAUUUUAGUAAAAUAUUAAUUUUAUUAAAUUUAUAAUUAAAUAAACAAUUAGAAAUCAUUAGAAGAAUUUUUUUAAACUACUAACAAAUUUUUAAUACUUUUAGUCCCCCCUCAGAGAGCCCUAAACCACACACCAGAGGUCGUAAAAGUAAACCAGCUCCUGUUCCACCAUCACCAACAAUUAAAACUAAUAAUGCCAAUAAUAUAUUUGAAAAUCCUGUGGUUACUAUUAAAGACCAAGAUAAAGCAAACUGUGAUAAACCUCCGCCUGGUUCCUUGUCGAAACCUAGUCAAACCUCUGAAUCUCUUCGAGAAAAGUUACCAGCUGUUGAUUCAGGUUCAUUAAAACGUCCUGUUAAGCCGGCUGUUGCGCCACGCACAAUACUUGAAACAUCUGAUGAUACAGUUCUCCGUAAACCUGCAAUACCUGAACGACCAGCAUCUUUACAAAGACCAUUAAGUUCAUCAUUUAGAAGUCUUCGAGUAUUGACUGAUAUUCCUAAUGAUAAAACUGAUGUAAUUAUAAUUAAUAUUUAUCAAUAAUAUUUAAGUAGAUAUUCAUUUCUAACAAAAAAAAUUGUAGGUGGAUCGAGGAGGACCUAUGUUGGAAAGAGCACACUUAUAUACUGUAUCUAAACAACAAGUUUCAUUAAUACAAGUUGGUGAUCAGUGUGAUGAUAAAGAAAUCGACCAAAAUCCACAUAUUGGUAAGUAUUAUGUUUAAUAAUGAAAAUUAUAGAUAAUAUACAAUCAAUCUGUCGAUACCUACAUAUGUCUAAUACUUAUCUAACCUCUAGUUAAGUUAAUCUUCAUUUCAAAUAAUACAAUAAUUUCAGUAUAGAUUUUAAAUUCACUGUACACAAUUAUUGGACAUAGUAGAUUGAUUAUCUAAUUUAAUUAACUAUAAUAUACAUCACAAAAUCAAUAAUUGGAUACCUAUAUUUAAGAUUUUAUUGAAGCAUAUUCGAACCAAGAAAGUCCAAAUGAUGACAACGACGUUUAUAAAAGUCCAAAUUUUUCUAGUCACCGUCGAACACUUUCUGAUGCCCAAACAACAGGUUGAUAAUAAUCUAAUAAUAGCUGUUAACUAUUAAAAAAUCAAUUUAAUUUAUGAUCUGGCAUUAAUUAUAGGACAAUUGCCAGCAUCUUUAAAAACACCAACGAGAACUCAACGGCCUAUACCUCCACCACCUCCGCCACCGGUUAGUUAUGUAAAAAAAGAACAUGAAAGUACAGAUUUAUAGUGAUAGAAAGUAAAUUUAUGUUUUGUUUCAUUUUUAAUACAUUGACCAAAGAAACAGUUUGGGUAAAGAGCUCAAUUUAAGUGACAAGAGAAGCAUUUAAUAAUAUCCAUUUUGUGACCUUUGUCUACCAUUAUUUAUUUAUUUAUUAAUUAAUUUAUAUUUUUUGUUAACUUGAAAUAUUUUAUCUUAUAUAUAUAUUUUUAAUAUAAAUAUUAUUAAAUGAUGUGAAUUACUAUCGCAACAAAAUGUUACUUUAGAUAAAAGAAAUGUUGUUUACCUAUCAACAGAUUAUAAUUUAUUACCUUAUCAUUAUGUAAAUGUACACUUGUAUACUCUCAUACACUAUUCAUAUAUUUUUUUUACUUAACAUAAUAUAUUAUUAUAACUUUAAAUUUUUAUAAAUUGUUAAACUCAGGGUAAAUUAUUAAACAAACAUUGAAAGCUGAUAUUUGUACAAUUCAGUUAUUUUGAGUUUCAUUUUUCAUUUGUUUUUAUUGAAUUUUCCUAGGAAAUAAAUUCUAUUACGUCUGUUUUUCCCAAUAAUUUUGGGCACUUUACAGCUCACUGGACCAAACUCAGGAAUUAGAUUUUUUUUUUUAUAAGUGAAUUCAGUGAUAAAAUUUUGGUUGAAUAUCAAUUUGAACUUUAUCGUGUUGAGAAAGAAGGGUGUUCCCCACCAAAUAAAGCCAAGGAAAUAAAACUUUGUUUAUGCGUAAUAUCAAGCAUUCUCUUGCCUUUUAGAGAUUUCGAACUUCAAUACUCACCACUAAUUAUAUAACUCCUACUACUUUACCUAUUUGGAUGAAUUCUAUUCUGUUAAAUUCCUUAUACCUAUCCUUAUUAACUCAAAGAUUGUGGGAUAAUUUGUAUACUUGAAAGAAGGGUAUGACCAUAAAAUAAUACAAUAAAUGGAGGUAUAUGUAGCUAAUGGGGGUUUCUAGUAAAACAUAUCUUAAAUAAAUUCAAACUUAAUUAUUAAUACCAGUAAGUAACUCUUGCAACCAAAAUUAUUUAAGAAGUAUUAAAACAGCAACAAGCUAACUGGUGACGAAGCUCUGCUACUCGUAGGUUGUUUUUCAUAUCAUUGUAUACUAAAUUAAAGAUUUUUAUUUUUAUAAGAUAAAUAAAUCUUUUUGAAUGACUG